UGAAGUCAGGAUGGCACUGCGUAAAAUUUUCCGGGCCUUGUUCACGCCAUCGGAGGAAGCACCGGCCUGCUCUCGGAAUGCGAGUCUCUACUUUCUGCGCUGCAUCUUUCUAAUGGGGAUGCGAAAGCCACCGGCUCGAUUCUUCAUAGCCUACUGUCUAUGGUCCUUUGCCCUGAACCUCAGCUCAACGGUCUACCAGCCCAUCGGCUUUCUCACCGGCUACUUCAGCCAUUUGUCUGAGUUCUCUCCGGGGGAGUUCCUCACCUCGCUUCAGGUGGCCGUCAACGCUUGGUCCUGCUCCGCCAAGGUUAUAAUCGUCUGGGCGCUCGUCAAGCACUUCGAUGAGGCCAACAAAGUUUUGGAUGAAAUGGACAAGCGUCUCACCCAACCUAGCGAACGGCUCCAAGUCCAUCGCGCCGUCACCUGGAGCAACCGUAUCUUCUUCUUCUUCAUGACAGUCUACAUGGUGUAUGCCACCAGCACGUUGAUCACAGCGAUCCUGAUAGGGAAACCGCCAUACCAGAUCUACUAUCCGUACCUGGACUGGCGCUCCAGCUCCUGGCAGCUAGGCCUGCAGACGGGCCUGGAGUACUUUGGCAUGAUCGGUUCCUGUUUUCAGGACGCGUCUGUGGACUGCUAUCCCGUGAACUUUAUCAUAGUGCUCCGUGCCCAUAUGUCCAUCUUUGCGGACCGGCUGAGGCAGUUGGGCAAGGAUCCUGAUGAGAGCCACGAGCAGCGCUACGAGAAACUAGUUCAGUGCAUUCAGGACCACAAGACCAUACUUCGCUUUGUCGAUUGUUUGCGUCCCGUGAUUUCGGGCACCAUUUUUGUGCAGUUCCUGGUGGUGGGCCUGGUCCUUGGUUUCACGCUCAUCAACAUUGUGAUGUUUGCCAAUCUGGGAUCGGCCAUUGCCGCUCUGUUCUUUAUGACCGCCGUUCUGCUGGAGACCACUCCGUUCUGCAUUCUCUGCAACUAUCUCACAGACGACUGCUACAAACUGGCAGACGCUCUUUUCCAGUCAAACUGGAUCGAUUGUGAGCAGCGCUACAAAAAGACGCUCAUGUACUUCUUACAGAAGCUCCAGCAGCCCAUCAUUUUCAUGGCCAUGAAUGCUUUUCCCAUUUCCGUGGGCACCAACAUUACUGUCACCAAGUUUUCGUUCUCGGUCUUUACUCUGGUCAAGCAAAUGAAUAUUGCAGAGAAACUCUCCAAGGAAGACAAAUUAAAUUAACAAGUGAGCUUUAAGUUCGAUUACUUCUCUAAAAAAAUACUUUUGCCUUUUUUGUUUAAACUACUUGUUCAAAGCAUGAAGCAAACGCAGAUUAGCAGUCAUUUGACGUUUUAUUGAAGGUUUUUUCAGCAACUUGUGUAAUUGCUAAUGUUAAUGUAAUUGUUAGAAAUUUGAGAAAAGAAAACGCCCGUAGAAAAUUUAAAUUUCAAUUGCAACGAGACUGCUGCGGUAGCUGUGAAACAAUAUAAAUGAUAUUCUAGCCGACACUGCAAGAGUAAGAAGUCCAGGCACUACAAUAAAUAUUUCAUGAGAAAGAUAAUCUUCUUACCUAACAAAUCAAAAUUAUAAAAAUGGAAAUACAUAUUUAUUUGGGACAUUUAUAAGU